AACGGAACCAACUACUUGACGAACUUCUCCCCGACUUGGGCCGAGAGUCAAUCAAAAUCUUGAACUUUGGAACCAACUUUUCUUUAUUAUUUUAUCGUCAUUUGGUUUGCGGUUGGUAGACCACAAAACCCUUGUAGGGUUUGUUUAGUAAAAACUUUCAUUACCAUAGCUCAAGAUGAUUCAGUUCGGCAUAAUUGCAAGGAACUUCUCAAGUUCAUCGGUUGUGCAAAGUGCAGUUAAGAAUGUGACCGUCAUUGGCGGCGGCCUGAUGGGCUCGGGCAUCGCUCAGGUUGCUGCCCAAGCCGGCCAGAAUGUGACUCUUGUAGAUGUCAGCUCCGAUGUCCUCGUGAAGGCUCAGAAGUCCAUUGGUGGUAACCUUGGCCGUGUUGCCAAAAAGACAUUCAAGGAUGACCCGGCCGGCGGUGAGAAGUUUGUCAAGGAAGCCCUGGCCCGGGUCAAGACAUCCACUGACCCGGUGGAGGGUGCCAAGAGCGCAGACCUAGUCGUGGAGGCCAUUGUGGAGAACAUGGAGGUGAAGCAUAAGCUGUUUAAGCAAUUGGACCAGGCAGCGCCUGCGCACACCAUUUUAGCGUCCAACACAUCGUCUCUCUCCAUCAACGAGAUCGCCGCUGCCGUCAAGAGGAAAGACAAAUUCGGCGGCCUCCACUUCUUCAACCCCGUCCCCGUCAUGCGACUCCUCGAGGUGGUUCGCGGAGACGCCACCUCCGACCAGACCUACCAGACCAUGAUGGAGUGGGGCAAGGCCGUCGGCAAGACCUGCAUCACCUGCAAGGACACCCCUGGCUUCGUGGUCAACCGGCUACUCGUACCUUAUAUCGCUGAGGCGAUUCGAUUGUACCAAAGAGGUGACGCUUCAGCCAAAGACAUCGAUAUCGCCAUGAAGCUCGGCGCGGGCUACCCUAUGGGUCCGCUCGAGCUGGCCGACUACGUGGGGCUCGACACGAACAAGUUCAUCCUGGACGGCUGGCACAGGAAGUACCCCAACGAGACGCUGUUCAACCCCAUCCCCGCGCUCGACAAGAUGGUGGCCAAGGGACGGCUGGGGGUCAAGACUGGCGAGGGCUUCUAUAAGUACGACAAGAAAUAACACUGCUUGUAACCUUGCACUUCGUGAUUUGUUAUUUGCCCACACGUUUUUGUUGCAUUUUCUGUCUAUGAUAGAUAAUGAUGCACACAUUACGCAAAACCAAAAUUACGAAAUGAAUUGCUGUUGAAAAAUGUAAUCAUGUUGAGUAUUGUGAAUAGGUUGUUUUAAGAGAAUUUGUGAGAUCAAUAAAAUACUGUGUUUUUAUUAAA